AUGGGGCCUAAAAACAGCUCUUUGGUGACCGAGUUCAUUCUGGCAGGCUUAACAGACCAGCCGGGCCUCCAAGUCCCCCUCUUCUUCCUGUUUCUUGUCAUGUAUGUGGCCACUGAGGUGGGAAACUUGGGACUGCUAGUUCUCAUUGCAUUGAGUCCUCACCUUCACACCCCCAUGUACUUUUUCCUGUUUAACUUGUCCUGUAUCGACCUCUGCUAUUCUACUGCGAUUACACCGAAGAUGUUGAUGAACUUUGUACUGAGCAAGAAUGUUGUCUCUUACCAGGGGUGUAUAACCCAGUUCUACUUCUACUGUUUUUUUGUAAUUUCUGAAUGUUACGUGCUAACUUCGAUGGCCUACGACCGCUAUGUGGCCAUCUGCAAUCCACUUCUCUACAACAUCGCCAUGUCCCCUAGAGUGUGCUCCUACCUUAUCCUUGGUUCAUACUUGAUGGCGUUUUCUGGUGCAGUGGUCCACACUGGAUUCAUGCUGAGACUGACCUUCUGUGAUGCGAACACCAUCAACCACUACUUCUGUGACAUCCUCCCUUUGCUUGAUCUCUCCUGCACCAGCACCUUUGUCAAUGAGAUAGAGAUUUUCAUUGUUGUGGGCAAAGACAUCGUUGUACCCAGUUUCAUUCUCUUUACCUCUUAUGGUUUCAUCCUCUCCAGCAUCCUCAAAAUCAGGUCCACGGAGGGCAGGUCCAAAGCCUUCAGCACCUGCAGCUCCCACAUCCUUGCCGUGUCUCUGUUCUUUGGGUCAGGUGCCUUUGUGUAUCUCAAACCCUCCACCGCCGGGUCCAUGAAUGAAUCAAAAAUCUCUUCUGUGUUCUAUACCAUUGUGGUACCCAUGAUGAACCCCUUAAUCUACAGCUUGAGGAACAAAGAUGUUAAAGUAGCCCUGAGAAAAGCCCUUAUUAGGAGACCAUUCUGA